UGUAAGAGUCAGAACAGGCUCUGUAAUACUGAGGAAUACUGCUCCAGUAUCAGGCUUAGUCUAAUUUUCCUGUAGGUGAUUCAGAAGCUCCAGGAUGCAUCUGCAGGAAGAACUCAAAAGGCUGCAGCAUACCUUAGAACAAGUUAAUGAUGACAAAUAUUUACUUGAAAGCCAUCAGAUUGCUAUGGAUGUGGAGAAUAAUAUGGGAAAAUGUCCUGUCAACUUACAGCCCCUGGAAUCAAAAGUGAAAAUUAUUCAGAGAGCAUGGCGUGAAUAUCUGCAGCGUCAGGACUUGCCACACCAGAAUCAUCUGGAGAAGCGCAGUCCAUCACCACCUUCCUUGUCAUCUGACAAGAUGAGCAGUUCAAUCAGCAUGAAUACUUUUUCUGAUGGCAGCACUCCUGUUAAACCAGACAUGAAAGAGAGCAGAAAGGAAAUAUAAAAAUAACUGAAAAAUGUGGAGGAAGCAGUCUGAUGAAAAGGCACAUAAGUUCAACUCCCCACAAAACAAAAAAGAUAAACACACAUACCCUGGUCAGAACCAAAAAUGUGCAAUUUAAGUUGGAUUGCACAUGCAUUGGCCACAUACACAGUACAUAUUGCAAAGUGGUGUAUCCAGUCAGUCAUAUCAGAACAUUCAUUUCUGGUGGAUUUUUAUAAGGGUUUUUAAAAAUGCUAUUUGAUUUUCAUGAGCUGAGGAAAUCUAGUAAAAUUGAAUUUGCCUGAGGCUAGUAGGAUGUGCCUGACAUGUAAUCAAUUAUUUGAUCACUAGUUUUCGAUCUAUGGUGAUAUGAACCCUCCUUAGCCUGCUUCUGAUCAUUCACUCUUCUUAUGUUUAGGGCUUUAGAAGGCUGUGGCUUAGCCCAGUUUGCAGCAGAUAACUAUAUUUCAUUUCAGAGACAAAAUGUAUGUGUGUCACUUUGAAUCUCAGCAACUUGAUAAACCAUUCAUUAAAAUGCCUUUAGUUUUAUGCAGUGACACUUGAUUUGGACCAGCUUCAUACACUACUUAUUUUAAGAAAGCUCUUGCUUUUAGAGCAAAGCACUGACGUGAAACUUAUGCUAUAGAAAAGCAGCUAUUAGAGGAGAAGUCUUUUACAAUCUUUAAAGAGUUAGAAAAAUAUGUUAUCACUGCUAUUCCUAGCUACAUGUGUUUAUUUCUCUACUAAAGAAAAACAAUAUAAAACUGUGUACGUGUGGACUGCAUCCUCCAGCCCUCAUAUAUUACAUAUUGUCUUCAGUUACAUUACUUGAGGUAGUAUUCACAGUGGCAAUGAGCUAGUUAUAGAUGCAGAGGAAACUGUGUCCUGAUGUUAAACAAAUAAUACUCUUCUCACUAAGGCAGUCAGCAGGCUUUGUUUAUAUGGCUUUUUGCCAUUAGACCCAGGGUUGCUUGACUCAAUGGUAUUUCAAUAGCAUUGCAGAAGAUGUUCUCUGUCCUUCUUUUGACUAGCUUACAACAAGCAGAUGGUGCUAAAGGCCCCCAUUUGUGGUUUUGGUGCACUAGCAUCUUUGUCCUCAUUUCUUCUGGCACCAGAGUUGGAGAGUUGGUUAGAAUGACAAUUCAUGAAAGUAAAGGCUUUCCUGUAAAGUGUAAGAGUUUUAGUCACAAGUAACUCCAGUAAAAAGGUCAGAAAUCCAACUUCCUUGAAUUUUUCAUUAUUAAAUACUGCACAUCUUAAUGAAAUUGUGUGUACAAGUACUUCAAACUUCUCAGAUGAUCUAUUCCUUCAUACAAAACAUAUAUGAAUGGGACACAUGCAUAAUGAAGAGAAGAUAUGGUAACAUUUUCUGGAAUUCAAUGAUUGUGAAAUCACAGAUCUUCUAACUUUUAGUUCUAGGAUCAAUGCAAGAGCU